GUCACUGCAGGAGACCGUCCUGAUGUUCUGUCUCUGAGCUCCGGUCAGCCCCCCCCUGCUGGCAUGGACAGCGCCCCCCGAAGGUGGGUCCUGAAGCCCCUGUCCCCCCCCCUGCAGCCCUCAGACCUGCGCAGCCUGGCUGGACCCCCCCAACCCCAAACACACCCCCUCGAAAACAUCUCCAUCGCUCGCAGCCCCUCCUCCGUGGUGGUCUCCUCUCAGGGCGACCUGUCCAAAGACGUGGUGGUUCAGGUCCGGCAGGUCGCUGUGUCUCAGCCUGUGGAGGAGGAGGAAGAUGAAUUUGAAGACUGGCCUCCAAGCAGCCCCGGCAGCAGCUCUGGUUCUCACAGUGGUUUCUACUCCUUCGUGGACGACCCGGCGAGUCCCGAAGCCGAGCAGAACCAGAACUGGAUGACAUCUCCGCGGCGGCAGAUGGCGACGCUGAAGGAGGAGCGAGGCUUCAGACUGCAGAGCUACACCGGGACCAGGAGGCCGGAGAGCCUGUUCCCAGAGACCGACGGAGACGAGAGGUACCGCCUGGACCUGAGCACUGAGGAGGUCCUGGAGGAAGAGGAGAAGCAGCUCAGGAGGGAGGAGAUCAUCCGGAGCCAGGCGCCGAAGAAGAGCUCCAGAGACCAGGAUGAGGACCGACUGUCCAAGGGGUUCAGCUUCAGACCUGCUGAGAACAUCGACCAGGAGCAGAUCAGCUUCAGCGCCGCCAGGCAGCAGUUCCUACAGAUGGAGCAGGACCGACUGGUUCCCUGGAGGAUGCACCUGAAUAUGCGUUCUGCACGGUCCUCCCAACACCACAGAGAAGAAUCUACAGCAUUUAAAGCAGCAGAACAAGAGGAGGAGACGCACCCGGAGAGGAGGGUGGUGGUGGUGAUGUCCGACGACCUGGACUCCGGUCUGGAGGAGCUCUCAGUGGGCAGGGGGUACGGCAGCGACGAGGGCAUCUUUAACAACACCAGGAGAAUCUACGAAACCCCCAUCGAGAGGGAGAUCCCGUACGAGACCCCCAUCGAGAGGGAGAUCCUUAAUGAGACCCCCAUCGAGAGGGAGAUCCGGUUGGUUCAGGAGCGAGAGGAGAACCUGAGGAGAUCUCGAGGCCUGACGCACAGCGACUGCAGGGGGGAGAUGAUCCAGAUCAAAACCAAACGACUCCUGGCGCCGGUCUCAUCACUGUCUGCAGAAGAGAAGAACCGGGUGAGCUUCCUGAUCCAGAGGGAGAUCCAGAAGGAGACCCAGAGGAAGGAGGGUCCUCCGCAGGAAAUGAGGAGCGACUUACACCAGAGAGGCGAGGACGAGAGGACAGAAGAAAGACCGGCGUCCGAGUCUGGAGACACCGAAGUCUUCCCGUCUCCCUGCUGUCCUCCCCGACACCCAGAGGAAACUGAGCUGUUCAUCAGGAGUUCAGCUGCUUCCUCCCCCCGAUCCUCCUCACCUUCCUCACCCACACCUCGGUCCUGGAGGCAGAACCUGCAGACCACCGGCCCGCAAACCAGAGGACAAGGAACGCCUGACUUCAUCGAGAAGGAGAUCCAGGAGACGCUGAGGAGGGAACAAGAGCUCAGGGAAUCCAGGGAGUCCAGGGAUCUGAAGGAGUCCAAGGAGUCCAGGGAGUCAAGAGAGUCAAGAGAGUCAAGAGAGUCAAGAGAGUCUAGAGAGUCUAAAGAGUCUAGAGAAUCAAGAGAGUCUAGGGAGUCCAGGGAUCUGAGGGAUCUGGGGGAGUCAAGGAAGUCUAGAGAGUCGAGAGAGUCCAAAGAGUCUGGGGAUUUGAAGGAGUCUAGAGAGUGUAGAGAGUCCAGGGAUCUGAAGGAGUCCAGGGAGGAGGCGGAUGGACGGCUCUUCUCUCCGAUUCCUCUGGUGGAACAGGCAACAAAGAUGGCCGUCAGACAGUUCUACCCAUCGCCAAACGCAGAUAAACCCGUCAGCGUCUCGUCUCCUCGACCCUACGUCCGGCAGCCCUCCCUCUCCUUCAUCACCGCUCAGCCCUGGUCCCCCUCCUCCUCUUCCUUAGCUCCUCCUCAUCGUCUCUUUACUUCCUCCUCUUCCUCACCUCCUCACCUCCUCCCCUCUUCCUCCUCUUCCUCACCUCCUCCUCCUUCCUCCUCACUCCCUCCUCCCCUCCUCACCUCUUCCUCCUCUUCCUCACCUCCUCCUCUCCUCCUCCCUUCCUCCCCUGCUCCUCUCAGAGGCCUGACAGAGACGCUGCUGCAGGACUUUGAGGAGAGACGAAUGAAGGGGAAGCUGGAGGACAGCGCGUACGCAGGCAUUCUGCUGGUGGACGACGUGAAUAACGAGGUUGUUGAGUCGACUCGCGUUAUUCGACAUAAGAACCAGCGAGCUCUGCGCUGGGAGGCCGGAGUGUUUUCCAACGAGGAGGAGAAGUGAGACAGAACCAGAUCCAGGAUCAGAUCCAGAUCCAGGACCUGAACCUGAACCAGGACUCGGUUAUCUCAGAUUUAAAUGUUUUUAAAACUGGGACACUCCAAACGGCUGCUCCUGAUUGGUCCUCUGCUCGUCCAAUCAGCUGCAGAGACGAUGUUUCUGAUUCAUAAAGAAAUUAUGCAUAAAGAGUUAAAGUGAGUUUGUGUUGAUCACCUGACGCAGAGAAACAGGAAGUGAUUGUUUGAAUGAUUUUAAACUGAUGCAUCUAAAAAUGACACAAAAAUAAAAUAUAUUUUUUAAACUGUC